CUCCGACAUGGACCAAGAGGACGGCGUCGUGUGCGGCCCGCCCGACCCUUGCCCCGGCCUCGGCGAGACGCCGCAGCCGGAGAACGACGCCGAGUACGCCUUCGUGGUGGCCGACUUCCUGGCCGGCGUGCUCAUCUUCGCCACCAUCGUCGGCAACAUCGGCUCCAUGAUCUCCAACAUGAACGUCAGCCGCGUCAACUUCCGCAACCGCAUGGACGACGUCAAGCAGUACAUGUCCUUCCGGCGCGUCUCGCCGGAGCUGGAGGCGCAUGUCAUCAGGUGGUUCACGUACACGUGGGCCAACCAGCAGGCGCUGGACGAGGAGCGCGCCCUCUCCGCGCUGCCCGACAAGCUCAAGGCGGAGAUCGCCAUCCACGUGCACCUGGACACGCUGCGCGAGGUGUGCAUCUUCCGAGACUGCGAGCCGGGGCUGCUGGAGGAGCUGGUGCUCAAGCUGCGCCUUCAGGUGUCGGUGCUGGAGAUCGCGGGCAACCGCACAGGCAACCGGCGCACCGCCACCGUGUGCUCGCUGGGCUACUCGGACCUGUUCUGCCUGGACAAGCGCGACCUGUGGGAAGUGCUAAAGGAGUACCCGGAGGCGCGCAUGUCGCUGGUGGAGAGGGGCUGCGCGCUGCUCCGCAAGGACGGGCUGCUGGACGAGGAGGCGUACGAGAGGGCGGAGCGAUGCAACGAGCCCUUGGCGCUCAAGGUGGCGCGCCUCGAGCUUAUCAAGGUGAAAUGGUGCCCUCUGUCUGCUUCAAAUGGCAAGGAAAUAAGAGUUCGCCUGGUGAGCGUGAAUGUGUUUUGUACAGAGACCUCGGUGGAGCACGUGAACAAGCGCUUGGCGCGCCUGCUUGGCGAGUUUUGCAGCCACCAGUGCAAGGUCAAGAAGCGGCUCACGUCCGUCGAACGGCGCACCGGCCGCUCCUCAUCCUCCAGGCCUUCACAAGGGUGA